GGCCGCGGCCGCCAUUGGCUGAGCUCGGCGCAGCUGACGGGCGGCGGCCGGCGAGGGCGCGGAGGAUGGCGGCGUCGGCGGCGCUGAUCCUGCCGGAGAGCCCCAGCAUGAAAAAAGCAGUGUCACUGAUAAAUGCGAUAGAUAUAGGAAGAUUUCCACGAUUGCUCACUCGGAUUCUUCAGAAACUUCACUUGAAGGCAGAGAGCAGUUUCAGUGAAGAAGAGGAAGAAAAACUUCAAGCUGCAUUUUCACUAGAGAAACAAGAUCUCCACCUGGUUCUUGAAACAAUAUCAUUUAUUUUAGAACAGGCAGUAUAUCACAAUGUGAAGCCAGCGGCUUUGCAGCACCAGUUAGAAAACAUCCACCUUACACAAGACAAAGCAGAAGCAUUUGUCAGUGCUUGGUCUUCCAUGGGUCAAGAAACAGUUGAAAAGUUCAGGCAGAGGGUUCUUGCUCCCCACAAGCUAGAGACGGUUGGAUGGCAGCUUAACCUUCAAAUGGCUAACUCUGCUCGAGCAAAACUGAAAUCUCCUCAAGCUGUGUUACAACUAGGAGUGAGCAGUGAAGAUUCAAAGAACCUGGAGAAAGUUCUUGUGGAAUUCAGUCACAAGGAGUUAUUUGAUUUCUACAACAAGAGACCAUACAAGCACAGCUGGAUUCCCUUACAUGAUGAUUUUGAAGACUGGUUUUUCCAUCACACUCCUGCCACCUCAUUAUUUUGCAUUGGAGAUAGAUUGCCAGGUUGUGUUUUCUGAAGGAUUCAGAGGCUUUUCUUUCUGUAAAUUAUAUGGCUUAUCAUGUCUUAGACAAAUAACAGCCAGGGGAGAUCACUGUUAGCAGUACUGAGGUUCUAAUACACUUUCUCCAGUUCUGUGAGCCAACAGCAAUUGUUAAGAAAACUUUUGCUUUACAGGGAACAAAAGUGAAAAGCAUACUGUUUUUACUGUCAUACUGUUGCUUUAUUACCUGACCUGCUUAUUUUUUACAUGCUUGAUGACAACUUUAUAUAUCAAGGAGGAUCCAUAGAUACAAAGUGUAACGUGUAUCUAGCAGAAUACACAGCUUUGGUAUUUACGUUAAUAAAAUUAAGAAAAUAGCCACAUGCAAUCAAUUAUGUUAUGACAUUUUUCCUUGAAUAUGAUGAGCAUAUUUUGCCUGCGAAAUAAUAUAGGAAAGAAAUUUAAAGUUAAUAGUAACAAUAUAUCAGUUAAUUCUAGG